GUAUAUAUUUGUCUAUCGGCUCAAGUAUGCCAUCUGUGUAACUUUCAACGAAACUCGCUUACCUAACCUGAUUUUGUGAAAUCUAGUAGCGGGUAUAGAUUAAACGACAACGAUGCUUCGAUUGUUUGCAACGCAAGUACAAAAAGGGACUUGCACCAUCUCAUCUUCCUUAAAGAAAGCAAAUAAUCUAGCGUUGAUAGAAACAACUAGAAAAUUUAGUAUUAGUUCGAGAUGUCUAGGGCCUUGGCCAGAAAUUCAAAAACCUGCGCCAGAUUUUGCUGGAACGGCAGUGAUCAAUGGUGAUUUUAAAGAUAUAAAAUUAAGCGACUAUAGAGGGAAAUAUGUAGUUCUCUUUUUCUAUCCUUUAGACUUUACAUUCGUGUGUCCAACCGAGCUGGUAGCAUUUUCAGAAAAAGUCGCAGAAUUCAAAGCUGUAAAUACCCAGGUAAUAGGCGUUUCCACAGAUUCUCAUUUUAGUCAUCUCGCAUGGACUAACACGCCUAAGAAGCAAGGUGGGUUGGGCGGAGAUUUAGGAUAUCCGUUGUUGAGUGAUUUUAACAAAGAAAUCUCAGCGAAAUACAACGUCCUCUUGGAAAAUGCUGGAAUAGCUUUGAGAGGACUCUUCAUCAUAGAUAAAGAUGGAAUACUCAGGCAAUUCAGCGUCAACGAUUUGCCAGUCGGUCGUAGCGUGGACGAAACGUUGAGAUUGAUAAAAGCUUUCCAAUUUGUCGAGGCACACGGAGAAGUUUGCCCUGCCAAUUGGCAACCAGAUUCUAAAACUAUCAAACCGAAUCCGAAAGAUAGCAAAGAAUACUUUGAGUCUAUCAAUUGAAUUUUCGUAUAAUUUUUUUAACGCAUAUAUAUAUAUGUAUAUAUAUGUAUGUAUACAUACAUAUACUUAAAUAUAUUCAAAUGUAUAUACACAUA